UCUUCAUCAGAGAAGAAGAAGAAGAAGACUUCACUGAUUCUCUUUUUCUCUCUCUCCUUCGGAAUCCAUGGAUUCCAAAGCUAUGCUCGAUUCCGCUUUGUUUCAACUCACCCCUACUCGUACCAGAUUCGAUCUGGUGCUUUUCUGUGGGAGUAAGAAGGAGAAAUUGGCUUCUGGGAUUUUCGAACCGUUCAUCUCUCAUCUUAAAUUCGCUAGAGAUCAGAUCUCUAAAGGCGGCUACUCUAUUUCUCUUCAUCCUCCGACUUCUCACUCUUCUUGGUUCACCAAAUCCACUUUUGAUCGGUUCGUGAGAUUCGUAAACACGCCUGCGAUUAUCGAGAGAUUUGCUACUCUGGAGAAAGAGAUCUUGCAGAUUGAGCAUUCCAUUCAAGCUAAUGAAAUUGCCAAUGCUGAGCAACUACAAGACGGGAGCAAUCUAAGAAAGUCAAUCGAGUCCUCCAAGAAGGAAUCUGAGAACGGCAAUGAGGUUGCAGGAGAGGAAACCUCAAAGAUUCAGCUUCAACGUCUUCUUGAAACUCGAAGAACAUUACUUAGGAGAGAGCAAGCAAUGGCCUAUGCACGAGGGGUUGUUGCUGGUUAUGAAAUUGAUAGUAUCGAUGAUCUCAUACUGUUUGCUGAUGCUUUUGGGGCGUCAAGGUUAAGGGAAGCAUGCGUAAAGUAUAAGGAACUAUGGAAGAAGAAGCACGGAGACGGGCUUUGGAUGGCUGAGUUAGCAGCUGUGAAAGCAAUUGCUCCAGCGGACAUGUCAUUAUUGGGUUCCUCAGGGAUUAUCCUCACCAAUGAAGGUGCUUCUCUAUCACUAAAUGGGACAGACUCUUCUAAUGCAAGCUCUGAAAACAAAGAUGACAAGUCGGCUCAUAUGGACCAACAUCAUCCUGGCGUUCCAAACUUUCAAGCACCAAUGGGAUGGCCGAACCAUAUGCCUCAGUAUUUCUACCCGCCUCCGUACCAAGGCUAUCCGUACCCUCCAAUGCAACCUAUGCCAAAUCAAAACCAAGGAAACAUGCCAUGGCCUUCAAAGGGCAAAACUUCCAAGAAGAAAGGGAAAGGGGAUUCUGAUGCAGAUGGGUCUAGUGGAUCAAGUGAGUCUAGUGAAUCUGACUCUGCCAGUGAUGAUUCUGCUUCAUCUUUGGAAGAUCAAGGUAGAAGACACUCUUCUCAUACGGGUAAAAACUCCUCUCGUCGGUCAAAGAAAAACCGGAAGAAAUCAUCUAAAACUGUUAUCAUCCGUAAUAUCAACUACAUAACCCCUGAGGGAAGAAAUGGCGACGUGGAGGGGAAUGAGUUUACGGAAAACGGUUCCAUCAAAGAGACUGUAGAUGCUGCGGUUGGAUUUCUCAAGGGAGAAGUUUCUGGUGAUGAAAUUCUGAAAAGCUCAGCUGAAGGAAAACGAAGCAAUGAGAAUUGGGAUUCGUUUCAGAACAUUCUUAUGAGGCACGACGAUGGCUCAGAUAUGCAUUCAAUGGAUGUCGCCAGUGAGGAACAUUUCGAUCUCAGAGGCUCUAGUCUUGCCGCGAAUUCUAAAAGUUUGCAAGCAAAUAACAGUGCCUCGGGUGAUUCCAUCAUCGUAACUCAUAAACACAUUGAAGAUGGAGGAGGAGCGACUUUUGAUCAUUUUGAGAGUGAGGACGGUGCUCGUAGGCUUCCAAGAACGAGGGACUCAACUGAAGAAUGUAUGUUACUGCUAAAAAGAUCAGAAAUGUUAGGAGAUGAAAGCAAAGACUUGUAUAAUGCGACAAGAGGUGACUCAUUGGUGAAGAAGUCAGGGAGUGGAGAGGAUUGGUUUACCUCUGAUCAUCUUGCAGGGAAAACUGAAAGCAACUACGGGAGGAUAUCAUUUGAUGAGAGUUGCAUUUUGACUUCGCAAGGCUCUGAUAAGAGCAAGAAACAAGAAUUCGUCGAUGAUUCAUUCAUGGUCCAUUCAUCAUCACUCACUGGUGAUGAUCUUUAUGACUCUCGGUGGAGACCAGACAUGUCUGCAGAUAUUGUUUUGGCGUCAGACAUUGAAAACGGUCAAGCGAAUGAGAAGCGUGAAAUGUCUGGCUCAUGGGAACCAAAUGAUCUUUGUAUGAUUCUUGAACGCCAUUCAGGAGACUCGUUGGCUAAUAAUGAUUACUCGAUAGACUUCUCUGUUGAAGCGAAUGCAAGGCUAUCCAGUAACGGAACGGCACAGGAGAAAGAAGACAAGACCGUCUCAAGCGGCGAGAAGAAAAACAGUGCUAAGAACCCGGAAACACGAAAGUCUAGAACUCCAAGUAGAACCAGAGCUGAAACCAUGUCCAAGACUGUAAAGAAACCAACAGUAGCUAGCAGAACAAUGGCACAGAAGAACAAGUUUGAAAAGGUAAAAUAA